CUGUGAAGGGAUAUUGUGACAUAUUCAUACAAAACGAAUCAACUAGAUAGUUGCUACAUAUAGAAAUCAAUUGAAAAUAAACGUAAAAACAACGUAAACAGAAUACGAACUUAAAUGGUUCAAGGCUGUAGAAAACUGAUAUAAAAUGAAUAAGGCAGGCGAAACAGUUUUGAAAAUUCUCAUCGAUACCGAGCGUUUUGCCGAUAAAGUACUUCAAUAUCGACUGGAAAUUAUCGAAUUGGAUAAACGUCGCCAGAGUACGCGUGAAGCAAUACGUGAUUUGGGUAAAAACGAUGACAAAAAUGUUUGGAUUACCAUCGGACCGAUAUUAGUCAAAAUGGAAAAAGAAAAGGCAUGCACUCUAUUGAAAGAAGAUCAAAAAACUAUUGACGCUGAAAUUAAUAAAUUACGCAGUGAACAAAAGGUAUGGGUGGCCAAAUUGCGUGAAGCCGAAUGUCAAGCGCCAUUGGUUGGGUUCGAUCUUAAGGCAUUAGAUCGCAAAGAAGCUGCAGCAUUUAAAGCAAAUUUACCUGGUUUUUAAAGCAAAAGUUACCCAUGUUUUCUUUAUAAAAAAAAAUUCCGCAUAAAAUGCUCAAUAAAAAAUAAUAAAAAUUUGAUAUAACGGCCAA